AUGGCUUCAAUGUGUCAAUGUGUGUCGCCUAAACCAAGUGAAUGGGUGAAGGGGAAACUGGUUGGAUCUGGAUCUUUUGGCACUGUCCAUUUGGCCAUGAACAAAUCCACUGGUGGACUUUUUGUUGUGAAAUCAGCACAUUCAGUGGCUGGACAUGGGGCUUUAAAAAAAGAGGUCGAAAUACUGAAGAGUUUGAAUUCAUCACCAUAUAUUGUCCAUUGUUUGGGGACAGAGGAGGAUGAAGGCAACCUUAAUGUUUUUAUGGAGUAUAUGGCAGGGGGUAAUUUGGCAGAUGUGGCACACAAGUUUGGUGGGUCAUUAGAUGAAGAUGUGGUUAGGGUGUAUACCAGAGAAAUUCUUCUCGGGUUAAAGCAUCUUCAUCAACAUGGGAUUGUGCAUUGUGACCUUAAGUGCAAGAAUGUGCUUUUGGGCUCAUUUGGCAACAUCAAGUUGGCAGAUUUUGGAUGUGCAAAACGGGUAAAGGAGUUAAGGGGUGGUGGAAAUGUGGCAAAUUCUUGGAAGUCUAUUGGUGGGACUCCUCUAUGGAUGGCUCCUGAAGUAUUGAGGAGUGGGAUGCUGGAAUUUGCUGCAGAUAUAUGGUCUUUGGGAUGUACAGUUAUUGAGAUGGCUACUGGCAGGCCUCCUUGGGCUAAUGAGGUUUCAAAUCCAAUGUCUGCUGUGCUCAGGAUUGCCCAUGGCGAUGACAUACCUCAGUUUCCAACCCAUUUCUCUCCAGAGGGUUUGGAUUUCUUGGCCAGAUGUUUGGAUAGAGAGCCCAAUAAAAGGUGCACCGUUGAGGAGUUACUUAGCCAUCCAUUUGUUUCAUCAACUACAUCUCCUAAAGAGUGUGCUUCCUCACCCGCAAGUGUCUUGGAGUUUCAAAACUUUGAGGAUACAUAUGAUUUAGAUGAAUUGGAAUAUUCAGAGGGGAAUGAUUUCUCAUUCAUAAACUCGUUCACAUAUCACAAUGACCCAGAAGGAACAUCAAUAUGUCAACUGGAAGACAGUGCAUCAGAGUCAUCAGGGAAUUGGAUUACUGUUAGAUCAGGCUGA